AGGGGGCGUGGCUUCGUGGAGCUUUGAUAGUAUUGCAAUAUUUGAACUAAUUUAUACUCGCUGUUUAUUCCAUAAAUAAAAAUGUAAAAUUACGAAAGUUACGUUGUCAAAACAAGUGCCUGUAUUUACUUGGAAAAAACAGCGUAAAUAACAGUUAUAGUUUGAGAAAAAUCUCGCAAAAUACCUGGGCAUGGACAUUUACGGCGCCAUUGUUUACCCAUACGGCUUUCUGUUUUAGACAAUGUUGUUGAUGGGGAGUAGUAUUUAACAAUCAAUAUUUACGUUACGACUGUCUUAGUUAUUGGAAAAACUCGCAUGGCGUUGGUACCUUUCCUUCUGAGCGACAUGCUUGAUGACCUGCGCAGGCCAUCGAGUUUGUUAGACCAAAACUUUGGUCUUGGACUCCUCAACGAUGACCUCGUAACACCGCGUGUUGCUUCUCCUCUACAGCUGUUCUACUACAGGCCCUGGAGGCUCCAAGCUUCAAAGGAGAGUGGCAUCAGCAAUGUGCAGAAUGACAAGGAAAAAUUUAAGGUUAUGUUGGACGUCCAGCAGUUCGAGCCUGAAGAAGUCAAGGUGAAGGUGGUGGACAAGUAUGUAACUAUUGAUGGCAAGCAUGAGGAGCGGAAGGAUGAGCAUGGCUACAUCUCCAGAGAGUUCCACCGCCGAUACCUCCUGCCUGAUGAUGUGAACGUUGAUGCCCUGCAGUCGACGUUGUCCUCUGAUGGGGUUCUCUCUAUCGAGGCACCCAAGAAGGCCUUGCCACCACCGGAGAACCAGAGGGAUGUCCCGAUCACUCAGACUAACGCACCAGCUGUUAAGGGCCAAGAGAAAAAGGAAUAAUGGAUCACUUCUGUUUAACUUCCCCCCCCCUGUGGUUUUGUUUCCUCAUCGCAAAUUAACAUAUAUAUUUGCUUUCACUGUGUAAGACUGAUUAUGUUUAGUUAAAAAUAAAUUUUCUUGGGUUUGUA